AUGUUCAGGACAAACACCCAUGGCUCCCUGGCCAGGCGGCGGACCAGUCUCUCCGCGAGAUCGGUCACACGCACGGACUCGGCGGUCGAGCGCGAGCACAAGGCACUCACGGAGCUUAGGGAGUUGUGCCGCAAGAACAACGUGUCGUGGCCCAAGAGCGAGCUGGUGGCGGCUGGUGCCGGCGAUUCCUCGGAACACGCUGACGGCAACGAGGAUUCUAAUCUCUUGCGAUAUCUGGUCGCGCGGAAGUACGAUGUUCACGCCGCGUUCAAGCAGUAUGCGGCGUCGGCCAAAUGGCGCCACGAGAUCCAGCUGGAGAAGACGUACGACGAUGUCGACAUUGCAAAGUUCGAGACCAUCCGGAGGCUGCAACCCCAAUGGACAGGCCGGCGAGAUGACACGGGCGUCCCCAUCAUGGUCUAUGUCGUCGCCCAGGUGAAGCCCGAAGACAUCCUCGCCUUGCACAAGAUGGACCCGGCAUUGUCGAGCGUCUUCCUUGCUGCCGAGUAUGUGACUCAGUUUGUCCAGCCUUUGUGCGGCAAACUCCAGCAUCGGCGGACGAGCAAAUCAAUCAACAUCAUCGACCUGUCCCAUGUCGGGAUCCCCACGUUCUGGAGAUUGAGGAGACUGCUCAACGCCGCUAGCACCAUGGCCACAGCACACUAUCCCGAGACAGUCAAGAGGAUAUAUGUCGUCGGGGCUCCCGCGUUCUUCCCUCAGAUCUGGAAAUUCAUCACCAUGUGGUUCGAAAAGGAGACGACGCGCAAAAUAUUCGUCCUCGGCCACCACGAGAGCGCCCAGAUCCUGCGCCGGGACCUGGGCGCCGAGAACCUGCCCAAACGCUUCGGCGGCGACCUCGAUUGGGAGUUUGGAGCGUUCCCCAACCUCAGCCCGGACGCCGAGGUGUUGAGCAGCAGCUUGUUCACCAAGUGGGUUGAAGGUCCUCUGCGACUCCUGGACGGCCCGGAGGGGAAGUCGAGGAUCGUCGCGGUCGGGUCGCGGAACGGCGAGUUGAGGAGGGACGAGCUGUGA